AUGCCGAUGCUUUCCAGACGUGGGGACAGCGAGGGUGACAACCACUACGCCUCCUGUAGCACUCUGGGUCAGGUCUCACCCAGUUCGGUCCGGGCUUCUUCCAUCAAAGGGCUCUAUUACCAAAGGGCCCGGAAAGUCGUCCAUCCAGACCAGUUCCUGACCGUUGACCUUAAAAGGGAGAUCAUCGUCAACGUGGGUGGGAACAAGUACCUUCUCCCCUGGAGCACGCUGGAUGAGUUCCCCCUGACCCGGCUGAGCCGGCUGAAAUUCUGCCGGAACGUGGAGGAGAUCGCCGAGCUCUGCGAUGACUACGACGAAGACAGCCAGGAGUUUUUCUUCGACAGGAGCCCCAGCGCUUUCGGGAUGAUCGUCAGCUUUCUGGCGGCGGGAAAGCUGGUGCUUCUGCGGGAGAUGUGCGCCCUGUCUUUUAAGGAGGAACUGAGAUACUGGGGGAUCGAGGAGUCCAACCUGGAGAAGUGCUGCUUGCGCAAGCUCCGACAGAAGCUGGAAGAGCUGGCCGAGAUCCAGAAGGAAGAAGAGCUGCACCGGCAGAAGGAGGCUACCGGCGUCUGCACGGAGGACACCCGAUGGGGGCUCUUCAUGAGCCACCUCCGCGAUAUGGUGGAGAACCCUCAAUCGGGCCUUCCCGGGAAGGUGUUCGCCUGCCUCUCGGUCCUCUUCGUGGCCACGACGGCCAUAAGUCUCUGUGUCAGCACCAUGCCGGACCUGAGGGCCGAAGAAGACAGGGGUGAAUGUUCUCAGAAGUGCUAUUACAUUUUCAUCAUCGAGAGCAUCUGCGUUGCCUGGUUCUCCCUGGAGUUCUGCCUGCGCUUUAUCCAGGCCAGGAACAAGUGCCAGUUCUUCCAAGGCCCCCUGAACAUCAUUGACAUCAUGGCUAUUUCCCCUUAUUACGUGUCACUCUUUGUGUCGGACGAAGCCCAAGGGGAGAGUGAGAAGUCCAGUGGCAACAGCUACUUGGAGAAGGUGGGCCUGGUCCUGCGCAUCCUGCGGGCCUUGCGCAUCCUGUACGUGAUGCGGCUGGCCAGGCACUCCCUGGGCCUGCAGACCCUCGGCCUCACGGUGCGCCGCUGCACCCGGGAAUUUGGCCUUCUCCUGCUCUUCCUCUGCGUCGCCGUCACCCUUUUUUCCCCUUUAGUCUACGUGGCCGAGAACGAGUCAGGGAGGGUGCUCGAGUUUACCAGCAUCCCGGCUUCCUACUGGUGGGCCAUCAUCUCCAUGACCACGGUGGGCUACGGGGACAUGGUGCCCCGGAGUGUCCCUGGACAAGUGGUUGCCCUGAGCAGCAUCCUGAGUGGGAUACUGAUCAUGGCCUUCCCAGCCACGUCCAUCUUUCAUACUUUCUCUCAUUCUUAUCUAGAACUGAAGAAGGAACAGGAGAGGCUGCAGGCCCGGCUCAGCCGCAUACAAAACACCACCCCGCCCAAUGAGCCUGUCCUGGGGGAAACAGAGAACCUACUUUGA